AUGAAUUAAAAAUAUGUGUCUAACUUAGAAAUUAGUUUUGAUCGUGAAAAUAUGAGUGUUGUAUCCAAAAUUUUGAUUGUUAAGCCUCUAAAUUAAACAUUUAAUUAUUUCACUGAAAUCAAAAAUAAAAGAGCAACUUAAUAAUCUUUUAUUCAUUUAAGAGGAGGAGGAUGUGGAUAAGCUAAACCAACUUAAAAAAUUGAAGAAAAGAUAAUUAUUGGAGUGCCUGAUAAUUUUUUGAAAAAUUUAGAAAAAUAUGUUGAUGUUAUCAAUACUAAAGCUUAGUUGUUAACAGAUAAUUCACAGAGAAAUGAAGUAAUAAUAGCAUGUUAAUGGUUUAUGUAUAAUAAAGAGCAUUUAAAUAUGUGUUGUAUUAACAAUAAUUUAACUCAAUCAAUAUAUACUAUAAUGUAGAAUUCUUUUGGAAAUUUGCUAAAAAUUCUUUCUGUUUAUUUAAGAGCUUCAUGGUUUUUAUGCUAUCAAAUUCUCUAGAUUUGCAAUGACUUUUUAAGAGUUAUAUAUUCAUUUUAAAUAUAAAGCUAGGAGAGAUAUAUGGAUUUACAAAUAUAAUAACAAUUUUUAUAAGAUUUAGAAGAAUUUAAGGAAUAGUUGGAAAUCGAAGAAGCAAAUGUAUGGAAUACAGGAAUAGAAUAUGAAGUAACACUUAUGAAAAUUAUGUUAAUUAAUUGUUAGACCAACUCAGAAGAAGGUAAGAAUCUUUUAAUAAAUAUUAUUAAAAAUGUAGCCGAAUCAGCAUUGUAAAUGUCUCCCACAGAAGACUUAAUCCCAAGUCUUAUUGAAGGAGCUAAAUUUCUAUUUUUACAAUACAAAGAUAAAGUAUUAUAUCCUUAAGAAGUGUACGCUACUUACUAUUUAUUCUAAACUCUUAAAUGGUCUAUUGUGAGGUAAUUAAAAUCUUAAUAUUCUGUCUAUAAUCAAAUUAAAUAACUAAAAGAUGCAUUCUAACAAUAUAUUCUACAUUCAGAUAAUUGGAUAAUUCAUUAUAGUUGGAUAUCAAUGAUAGUCGAUAUAUUAGCAUAUAGACCUAUUAUUGAUAAAUAGAAAAUUGCCAAAGGAAAUUAAAUUGAAUAGUAAUCAAUGUGGAAUAAUUUAAUUGAAAAUAACCUAAUUUUUAGUCUUACAUAUAAUAGAAAUUAAGCAUCUAUCAUUUUAUUUCAAAAUCAAGUAUAAUAUUUUAGUGUAGAAAUAAAGGAUUUAAUGGAAAAAUAAGGUAUUCCUAAGUUUAAGUUAAUUUCAGAUUUUAUUUUAAAAGGUUAAUUUACCCAAUAAAUUAAUAUUUGGAAUUUUUAUAGAGAUUUUUCUUUUAAAAAAAAAAAAGAAACAACUAUUAAGGAUUUUGAAAUCGUUUUAGACAAUAACGAUUUAUUAUUAUUAGAGAAAUAAAUUGAAAAAUUUAAUUCUUAAUUAGAUGAUUUAGUUAUACUUUAUUAGUAAAUCUAAUAAUCCUUGACUGAUUAUUUUAACUAAUCAACUAACACACAAAUCAAUAUUAAAUUAUUAUAAAAUGAUUACUCUGUCUUUGAAAAACAAUUUUUAGAUGCAUAUAAAUUGGCACUCUAUCAUCUUGAUUUUAUCAUAGAAAGAUCUACUCUUGAGUUUGAAAAAUUAAAAUUGCUUUCUCCUUGUUUUGAAGAAUUAACAAUUGAAGCCAAGCAAAAAUAAAAUUUAGAAAAUAUUUUUAAUCAUUUAGAAGAAUUGAUUUAAAAUAAAUUUUAAACCUUAUUAGAAGAUUUUCUUAAAAAUUUUAUAACUGUAGUAGAGUAUUUGAGUUAUCUAGCUGAAAUUAGUUUAAAUCCACAAUCUAAAAAGUAUACUGAUUUAGAGAGAGUAAAUUCCAAAUUUUAAAUUUAAAAUUAUCUAAAUUCACAAAUAUUUUUUGAAUAGUCAUUAAUAAUUUAAUAAUUCAUAAUAAAAACUAAGGAAUUUUAACAAAAGUUUGCUUUCUCAAUGUCAAGUAUUAAAACUAAUGAUUAUAAUAUCUAAAUUACAUCUGAUUAAAUAUAAGCUAUGUCAAAUACGUAAUGCUCAGGAAAAUGGAUCAAGAUAUUAAGGUAUUAACUAAGUGCUUUUUUUUCAGAGAAAUUUAAUAUAUGUCAAGCUGAAGUUAAAAGUAAAGAGGAUAUUCAACAAAUUCAAAUAAAAUGCAUUUUUAGCUUGAUAAUAUUAAAGCUAAUUAAAUAAUUUUGUUAAAUCCAUUAAUAUAAAAUAAAUACAUUCGAGUAAGACAUUAAUUAAGAAAAACUCUAAGCUGUUUAAAAAUAAGAAUAGUUUAAUCAAAAUUUUAAAUUAAUGAUUAUAAAGUAACUAAAGUAAUAAAAAGAAAAAAUAGAAUGUAUUUUUUUGAAAUAAAAAGAUGUUGAUUAAACUAGUAAAUAAAGUAGAGAAAAAACAAAAUAACUUCUUUAUUAAAUAAAGUUAGAUUAAAUAAUGAUCGAAAAUGCAUAUGAAAAAAUUGAAAGAGAAGACAUUUAUUAAAUAAAAUCUCAGGUUAUACAAUUCAUGAAAGAGGCUCAUUUAUUUAUUACUAUUUAAAAUUUGAAUGAACAUUAUGAACAUGAUGCUGUUAAGAGUUAAAUGUAAUAAUAUGAUAAUAUUAUAACGCUAAUUUAAAAUAGUAGUUUCGGGGAAUUCAAUAAUUGUCAAUUUUAAGAAAAAACAAAAACCUUAUCAUAUUGGAUUGGAUAGAACAAAAAUUUAGAUUACUGUUAUUUUUGUGUAGAUUAAGAUAUAAAAGAGAUAAAGAAGACAAUUAAAUUACUAAAAAUAUUAGAGUAAUUGUUAGCGAUAAAUGUAAAUUAGAUUUAAUAAACUGAAAAUAAAGAACUUUAAUUAAUUAUAGAUAAGUUCAAUUCAUAAAGGUAAUAAAUUGUAAAUAAGUUUAAUAUUUAAACAUAAAUUACUAAUUUAAUGAAAAUUUUGUAUGAAAGAAAUUAAUCUGAGAGUUGCAAAUGUGUAGUUUAAAUAGAACAAUAAAAAGAUAAAUCAAUUUAAAAAAUUGAAUCAACUUUAGAAGAAACCUUAAAUUUCUUUUUAUUUAGAUAAAAAAGUUAAGAAAAUAUAUCUUAAAAGCUAGACCCUUUGUACUUUAAUGUAAGAAAUAAUCUACAUGAAUAAGUAACGAUAAAAAAGUCAAUAUUUGAUGUAUUUGAUUUCAGCAAUGAUUAUAAGAUCAGAGAAUGCUUAGUUUAUAAUUUAAUAAAGUUACAGUAAGGAAUCAAAGAAGAAUAAAUAGAAGAAUUUUCGUCAAAACUUAUUUAAUAUCUUUGGAUUUUUGAAAAAGAUUAAAGAGUUAGAAAUCUAUUAAAAAAUAAAGAAUUAAUUGAAAUGUAAAAACUGUUUUUUUCAAAAGAUAUCAAGUCUAUAUCUGAAUAAGUUAGAUAGGAGAUGAAAUUAAGAAUGAAAAGUAUAGAGAGCAUUUAAUAAGAAUUAAGACUUGAGGGAAAUUCAUAAGUUAAAGAACAAAUUAAAUAAUAACUUAUAUUAGCCUAUGAAGAACUUGAAUAAUAUAAUGAUAAUAUUACUGAAAUGUCGGAAAAAAUGGAUGUAAGUUUAAUAAUUUUAAAAGAUAUAUCUAAAGAUGUGAAAUAAAUGAAAAGUUAAAUUGAUUCUUUAUAAGAAAGUUUAAAUCAAGUUGGUGAUGAUAUUCGUAAAUUAAGAGGAAAAAGAUAUGAUGAAUUAUUAGAUAUAAGAAAAUAAAAGAUAUUAUUAUAAUCUAAAUUAGCAGAAUUGGAUUCUGUUUAUGUUUAAUUAAAAACAAUAGAAUAUGAUCCUGUUACUGGUGAGAUUAUAAAAUCUAAAGAUGGUGUAAUAAUAACUUAAUUAAUGAGUGAGUAAUAGGAUGAUUAUGGAGGUGAAGUAAAUGAAUUUAUUUGGGGUGUAUCAAAAUAAAAUGAUGUUAUGUUACUUUCAGGAAAUGCAGGUUCUGGUAAAAGUAGAGCAGCUAGAAAAAUUGAAGAAUUUCUAUGGAAGUAACAAGGUAGUAAUUCUAAAUGGAUUCCUAUAUUUGUAUCACUUCCAACUUUAAAGAAUCCUAAAUAUAAUUUAUUUGAAUAAGCUUUAGAAUCUGAAAAUUAUUAAUUUGAUAAAUAUUAAGUUAGAGAACUUAAAGAGGCUAUUUAAAAUAAAAAAGAAUUUAUCAUUUUAAUUCUUGAUAGUUAUGAUGAGAUGAAAUAAGAUUGUAUUUAAUAGAAUCUCAUUAUUACUAAUAAGCUAAUUCAAGAUUUAAAUAUUGAAUAAAAUUCUAAAUCCUUCAAGAUUAUCAUCACAACAAGAAGAGAAAUAUUAAAUACUUUGGGAUAUUAAACUUGGUUUUAUGGAUAGAGUAUAAGGAGUUUAAAAGAAGUUUAGAUAUAGGAUUUUGAUAAAGGUUAAAAAAGUGAUUAUCUAAUAUAAUAUAAUGAACUUAGUGUAAGGAGAAAAAUAAGAGGUGUUUAUGACUUUUUAAAGCAGAUUUCAUAAUAGAGCUUUAAUUUAGAUGAAUUUUUGAGCAUAUGGUAUUAAGUUAAUGCAGAAGUUUAAGAAAGUAUUAAAAAUUCUCAUUAAGCAUAAUUGGAAUUAAUUUUUGAUAAUUCUUAAAUCGAAAAAUUAAUACAAAAAAUUUUAGAGCAUCAUCCAUUUAAAUAUCUAAAGGAUGAAUAAAUUAGAGGGCUCAGAAAAGAUUUAUCAUCUUUAUGGAGUGUUUAUAAAUUUGAAAAAGCCAUCGAAAAUGUAGGUAUUUCUGAUUUAUUGUCAACUCCUUUUAUGUUGGAAAUUAUUGUCUAAGUAUUACCUAGCAUGGCAAAAUAAUAGCAAGGUUCUGUUGAUAUAAAAAAUAGAUUUCUUUAAAGUUACAUUAGUAUCACAAAUAAAAAUAUCUUAUCUAAAAAAUUAUUGGAAAAUUAUAAAAAUAAUUUAGAUUAAAAAGAAAAUAAUUAAAAAAUCCAACCUCUUUUUGAGGGAAAAAGGUCAAAAAUCUAAUAUUAUGAAUUUAUUGAUAAAUCAGAAUAACAAACUAAGAUUUAUUAAUUUUUAGACGAAUUGGAGAGUUUACAGUUCUUUUAAACUUACUCAAUAACUAGCAUUCUUAAAAUUGAUUAUUAUGACUUAUUUGUUGAUAAUAAAUCUUUUAAAAUCUAUAAUUAAGAUUUAGUUUGUGUAGUUGAAGCUUUAAAAAUGAAAAAGUAUACAAUAUUUGAGUUUUACGAUAGCUUUAUUCAUUUUUAUCAUGAUCAAUAAAUUCAAAAGUUGAGAGAAAUUGGUAAACUUUCAAAUUGGGAAAGUUUUCAAUUAGAUAUUUUAUAAUUUUCUUAAAAUUUAGCAUUAAAUAUGACAAUAAAUUAAUUAUCUUAAAUCACAUAUUAAUAAAAAGGAAAAUUGAAAUUAACAAAUAAUUAUAAUAAUAAUAAGCAUAAAGAUGAUGAUGAUUGGAUUGAUGAAUAUUUUAAUGAUUCUUAAUAGGAUCUUGAUUACAAUAAAUUAAUAAGAAGUUGUAUCCUCUUAAAUGCUAAAGGAAGUAGCUAUUCUUUUACUCAUAAAUCUAUUUAAGAAUUCUAUGUUGCUAAAUACAUUUUGGAUUUAUUGCUUUAGUCAGUUAAUUAAGAUUUGAAUGAGAACAAUUUAGAUGAGAAAUAAAUAAUGAAAUCAUUAUAUAAUUAAUCUAAAUUAAACAUCUCGAAAGAUCAUUAUCAAGGAGCCUUAGUUUUUAUAAAAGAUAAAUUAAAUAAUCUAGAAAACAUAAAAGAUAUUCUUAUUAAUAUAGUUAAACUUUCUACAAAUGAUAACUUCAUACAUGCAGCUUCAAAUAGUAUUUACUUGUUAUCCUAAUUGGAUGUUUAUCUAGGAGAAGAAAAAUUUUUAAAUAUUAAUAUAUGUCAUACAAAUAUUUCAGGUUUGAGUUUUUGUAAUUCAGAUUUUAGCGAAUCUAAAUUUACUAAUGUUAAUAUUAAUUCUUGUAAUUUCAAUUAUGCUAAUUUGACAAAUGUUAAAUGGAAUGAUAUACAAUGCAAAGAAAAACCAUUUUUAAAAAAAGAUGAAAAAAUUCAAGUAGUAGAAUUUUCUCCAAAUGGUAAAUUAAUUGCAUCAAACGGAAAGCUAAACUUAGUUAUACUUUGGGAUGUGGAAACUUACUUAGAAAUAUUGGAAUUGGAUGGUCACAGUGACAUGAUAUAAUCAAUUGCCUUUUCACCUGAUUCAGAAACUCUAGCUUCAGCCAGUAAAGAUAAGACAAUUAAGUUAUGGGAUAUUUCUAAUCUAAAAAUCAAAAAGUUGAUUACUACUCUAAAGUAUCAUGACUCUGAAGUUAUAGAUGUAAGAUUUACUUAUGAUGGAAAAAAAAUAGUUUCAGCUGAUACAUCAGGGAUAUUGAUAUCUUGUGAUCUUAAGUCUAUCAAAGAAAAACCAGAUGAUAUUAUAUUUGAGUACCAAUAAGAAAUUUUAGUUUAAACUUGCACUUAAGAUGAUAAAAUGAUUGCUUUGGGAUUAAAUGACUCCAGUAUUAAAUUAAUUAAAGUAGAAACCAAGCAUGAAAGAAAUUUAAUAGGACAUACAGGAACAAUUACAGCCUUAGCUUUCAGUAAAGAUGGAAAAAGAUUAGCGUCUGCAUGUAACUACUUACUAUUAUUAUGGGAUUUGAGGAAUGAUAAUAAAUGCUAAAUUUUGUCAUUUUAAGAAUAUGAAAUCUAAUAUUUAACCAUACUAAAUGAAAGAGAAAUAGUCAUAGGAGCAUUAAACUAUCUUGCUUAUGGAGAAUUUUAGUAUGAUGAUUCUACUUAUUUUACUAAUAUUUAAUAAUCCUAUCUUGUUUAAUUAUUUCCUAAAUCUAAUCUGGCUUUUAUUAUCCAAGAUAGAAAAAUUGAAAUACUUGAUUUAAACACUAAAGCAAUUAUUAAUAGUAUAUUUUUAAGUGAAGAAAUUAUUGAAAUCGAGCUAGAUAACAAUGAAUAGAGAUUAAAAAUUAGACUUAAAGAUUAUCAUAAAAUAUUUUUGAACAUGAAUACUUUUUAGGAAUUUGAUCCUUCUGAAAGAGAAUAACGUUAAUUUCAUUAUUAGAAUCUAGUAUUUGAAAAAUGUUCUAGUGAAAUUAUAAUUUAUGAUGAUAAGAAUUAGAAUUAUGAUGAAUCAAAUAAUUCCAUUCGUUUAUUUUGUGAAUAAGUAAUUUAGUUUUCAUUCUAAGCUAAUUAGUAAUUAUUGGCUUGUAAAUCCAAAGAAAGUAGAAUAAUGUUAUAUGAUUAUAAAGAAAAAAAGCGUAUAUAUAAUGGUAUUGAAGAUAUAGGAAAAGUUGAUCAAAUGGUCUUUUCACCCAUCAAACCUAUAUUAUCUGUAAUUGAUUAUUAAGGAAUUUUAUAUUUUUGGAAUAUUAGUAAAGAUCCUUUUGAAUGUUAAAAAUUCGAUGAAAUUGAUGAGGGUAUUAAGGUAUAUUUAAUCAAUUAUUCACCUGAUGGUUCAUUAUUAAUUAUUUCAACUAACGAUUAGAAAAUCAGAAUUAUAGAUGAAAUAAAUGGAUCAGCAACAAAAAUAUUAGAAUUUUAAUUUAAUAUUGAUAGAGGUAUUUAUGUAUCUUUUGAUAAUGAGACUUUGGUUAUUAAUAGCGACAAAUUAUGGAACUUAAAUAAGUGUGAGGAAAUAUUGUUACAAGAUCGAGAUUCAUAUUACCAUAACCCAUAAAUUCAAUUUUGUCCAGAUGGAAUAUCUUUUGCAUUAAUAUCAUAAGAUAAAUAUUUAAGACUUUGGAAUAAAAAUACAGGAUAGAGUAUUAAAAAUUAUAAACUUCCUGAGGAUUCAUCAUAUAAUAGUUUUAAUUUCUCUAAAGAUGGAAAGUUUUUUGUUACUGCUGGAAAAUACAUUAGAAUAUGGAAAUAUUCUGAAAAUAAUAUUGAAAUGAUUAGUGCUUACCAUCCUUAUAUUAGUUAUUAUAGAUAUGAGGCUGAAAUUAGUUAAUUAUUAUUGAUUGAUAAUGACUAAAAUCUUAUGUAUAUUAUGAAUAAAGAAUUAGAAAUUAUGGCUCUGUCUAAAUGCAAUUUAAAGUAUAUAAUACCAACUUCAUAUUGGUUUGUUUAAUUUCUAACAAAUGGAUAUAUGGUUACACAGGGCUAUACUGAUGUAGCAAUUUUUGAUUGGAAAUAAUAGAUUUCUAUAUUGACAUUUAGAGCUGAUAUUGUAGAAUUCUUUUCAGAUAGUUUGCAUUGCAUAAUUAUAAAUUAAUCAAGAAUUAUUAAGAUGGAUAUGAAUUCGUAAAAAGAAAUCUUUAAUUUAGUUAUUUGUGAAGAGAUAUAAAGUGCUGAGCUCAGCUAAAACGAAAAGAUCCUAAUUUUAAUAUGUAAAAAUAUAAUAAAAUUAUUAAAUAUUGAAGAUACUUCCAAUAUCUAUGAAUUUAGAUCUUAUAACAAUACUGAUUCAAAAUACUUUUCUUGGUCAUGUAACAAUGAUUAUCUAUGUUAUAGGCCUAAUUCUGAUUUUGUAAUUAGACAAAUAUAAAUUUAAUAAAAAAUUAAAUUUGCAAUUCUAGAUAAUAAAGUGCUUCAAAUAAAUUCCUUUGAUUCUUAAAAUAAAAUCUUAUUACGAAAUUAAAGUGGUUCAGGUAUUUUUAAUUUUUUAACUUAAAAAUUUGAAUUAUUUAAACAAGAAUUUAAAUAAUCAUCAAUUUCAUUUAAUGGGUAAUUAAUUGCUUAUAAAAACACGGAGUUUAAUAAUAACAAAUUUGAAUUUUAUGACGUUUUGAAAGAUAAAUCGUUGACUGUAUAUUAUGAUAAUUAUACAUACCCUAUCCAAUUUUCAAAAAACGGUGAUUAUUUGUGUGCUUAUAAAAAAGAUUAAAAAUAAGUAAUAAUAUUUUCUAUUGAUGAAAAAAAAUAACUAAAAAUGCUAUGUUCUUUAUAGUUUGGAUCAGAAUGUAAGAAAGUAUCAGUUACUCCUUAUUUUGGUUAUAUAGCUGUUAUGUAUUCAGAAAAGCUUAAAUUAAUGAAUUUAAAUUGGAUAUUAAAAUCCUAAAUGGUAAUUAUUAAUGAACUAAAAAAAGGAAAUGCCUAUCAUAGAAAUUCUUUUCUAUUAUCUGAUGAUAAUUCAAUAAUUUUUGCAACAUCUGAAGCUAUCAAGACAUAUAGAUUGGAUUUAAGAGAUGAUUUAAAUACUUACACAAGUUUUUAUGGUAUUAUUACUUGUUUUGUAUAAAUUGAUAAAAACACUAUUUGUAUUGGUUAAAAGAAUUAAAUAUAUCUACUUAAUAUUAGUUAAGAAAGGUAUAAUUGCGAAAAAAAAACACCAUUGGGAGAACAUGAAAAUGAUAUUACAAGUUUAAUUUAUUCUUAAAAAGCUUAAUUAUUAGCAUCUAGUGAGGAUUAAAAAAUAUUUUUAUGGAAUAUUAAUGCUAAAAAGAAAAUAGCAGUAUUUGAAGGUCAUACAAGUGUUAUUAAUUAAUUAUCUUUUUCAUCUGAUGGUAAAUGUUUGGCUUCUGCAAGUGAUGACAAAUAAAUUAAAUUAUGGAAUAUUGAAUUAAGUGAAUAAUAAAAAAUAUCAAAAGGACAUUAAAAACGUGUAAGUUAAAUUGCUUUCUCUAGAGAUGGGCUAAUUAUUGCAUCAUCUAGUGACGAUUAAUCAAUAAUUUUAUGGGAUUUAAUAGACAAGAACUUUAUCAUUUAGUUAGAAGAACAUACUUCGUAAAUAAAAUGUUUAUAAUUCUCUUGUUGUUCUCAAUGGUUGGCAUCAGGAAGUUAUGAUGAAUCAAUUUGUUUGUGGGAUGUUAAAUUUCCACACGAAGCAACUCUAUACUAUAAAAUAUAGGAAAUGUAUUUAAAUCCAGAUGAAUUACAUUUUAGUCCAUCAGGAUCUUUUACUACUCUUACCAAUGAUAAAGGUGAAUAAAAUAAAAAUAAAAAUAAUCAAGAAGAAAAUGUAAAAGUUCAUAAAUUUUAAGUUUGGAAUAUGAAUGAAAUUGGUAAAUAAGAGUAUAAAUUUGAACUCUCUUCAUUUUAUAAUAAUAAUCUUAUUUUCAUAUAGGAUAAUAAUAUUAUUUUUUUUGGUGAUGAAACAUUAAUUUAAGUUCAUGAUUUAUCAAAUAAGUAAAAUGAAAAUCUUGUAGGGCAUUCUCAUGUGGUAGUUAUGAUUAAAUCUUGGAAGUAUGGUGAAAAAUUAUUAUCAGUAGAUAGAUAGAAUAAUGUGAUUUUUUGGUAAAAAAUAAACAAUACUUGGAUAAUUUAAUCAAAAAUUAGUUUGAAUUAUUUUAUUAUUUAAAUUGAUAUAAUUUGGAAUUAUUAUCAAGAUUACAUAGUAUGUAUGAAUAGUGAUUUAAUAAUGAUAUCAAAACUUGAUUAAAUGUAAGUUUAAAAACCUUCUAUUGAUAUAAAAUAUAGCAUGUACAUUGCAUGUAGUUAUUUAUCAAAUAGUGAAAACUUUUUUAUAUUCCUAAAUUAUGAUUAUGAAAUAACACUAUUAAAUAGUGUUACUGGAGAAAUUUAAAAUACAUUUAAAAAUCCUUACCAUUAAACUGAAACAGCCUAAAUUAAAAUAUCAAAUGAUGAUAGAUUUUUAGCUGUUUCUAAUAAAUAUUCAAUUUAUGUCUUUGAAAUCUCUGAAAAGUUAGAGAAAGAGAUUCCUAAUUUAGAAAGCAGUAUACAACAUUUUGAAUUUAGCUGGGAUGAUUCAAAUAUUUUAUAUACAGUAUCCGAAUAUAGCAUAAUUAAAAAGUGUGACAUAAAAAAUAAUUCUAGUGAAAUUAUUCGGGUUAUAGAAAGUUUAAAUCCAUAUUGUAAAAUUAGUUUUAAUUUUUCAUAGUAAUGCAAUUUUAUAGUAUACUCAUAAAAUAAUAGCCCACUUAACAUUGUUAAUCUCAACGAUAAAGAUAAUUAUCAAAUUCUUGAUUUAAAUGGUCUUGCAACAACUUUUUCUUUUAAAGAGAUUUUAAUGGCUACAUUCACAUAAGAUUAUAAGAUUUAUUUAUUGAAUCUUAAAGAAGAAAUUUAUAAAGAAAAUAAUAUUAAUAUCAUUUAUAAAAAAUAAAUUGUAAACUUAACUUUUACAAAUGAUGACACUGAGUUGAUUUGUUGUUUAAAAGAUUCUAUUUGUUUCUUUUAAAUUUAAGAAGAUCUUUAAAUAAAAUUAAAAUAUAUUUGGAAGAUAAAUGAUUAGAAAUUUUAUACUUUCUGUCCUAAACAUUCAUCAAUUUUUUAAGUUUAGGGUAAUGAAAAUCAGAUUGAAUUUAUAUAACCUGUAUAAACUUAACUUUUAAUAGAUGAACAACAUAAUCCUGUUAAUUUUCACAUUCCUUACGAUAAAAAUUUUAUUGCAUCGAUAAGUAAAUAAGGCAUAAUUAUAUGGGACUUUAAAGAAGAAAAAUAAAUAUUAAAUACUUCUUAAUGGUGUGGUAACUAAGUCAUGCUUAUAGAAUUAAAGACAUUAAUAAUAAAAUGUGAUAAGGAAAUCAAGAUAUUAGAUAUAAGAAAUCUAGAGACAAUUUAAGAAAUUCACUCAAUUUAGUUUAAUAAAUAUAUAAAUAGUUUCUCAUUUUCUUCAAGAUAGGCAUAUUUUGUUUGCGGAUUUGAUACAUAAAUAAAAGUAUGGAAAGUUUUAGAUGAUGGAUAAUGUCAAUAAGUAGCUAUUUAUGAUAAAAAAAAUGAAUAUAAUUCAGUUCUGGCUAUUUCUCCUUUUGGUGAUUUUUUAGUUUACAAAUAAGAAAAAAAGUUGCAAUUAGUUAGAAUAAAGCAAUCACAUACAAAAGAGUUAGACGAAAAAGUAAGUGGCCUUUAAUAUUCAUCAGAUUACAAAUAUUUUAUAACACUAAUAAAUGGAAAUCCCUAAUUAUUUACUUCAACUUUAGAUCAAAUAGAAAUUUAAUUAGAAAACUCAUUAGAAAAUAUAAAUGGAUAAUGUAUAAAAUCGGCUUCCAUAGAUUCAAUAUUUGCAAUUUUAUGUGAAGCUUGUGUCUUAAUAGUGAAAAUUAUAGAUAAUAAGAAGUUAACUUUGUUUAAGAACAUUUAAUUAGAAAAAAUAUAAAAUAUUAUUUCUUUUGAAAUAAAUCCUUUAGGAACUCUAUUAAUUGCUGGUAAUAAAGUUGGAUCCAUUUUCUUAUGGGAUUUAACAUCAUCUAAUAAUUAAAUUAUCGAUAAACCAAAUUUGGUUGUAGAAAAUUAAAAUCAUCAAAUUUAUGAUUUUAAAUUUAGUCCUAAUGGAAUUGAUAUUUCAGCAGCAGUUUAAGAUGGGUCUAUAAAUUUAUAUUCAGUGGAAUAAAUUAGUAAUGAUUAAAUUAUAAAAUAAAGUGAUGAAAAAUAAGAAGUUUAAGAAAAGAAUUAAGUUGCAGUAAUUGAAAAUAUAAACAAAUAAUACAGAUUAAUUUGCUAUAAAUCAUUUGCCAGAUAAUCUUUAUUAUUAGCCAAUUAAUGCAUAGUGCUAAAUGCGUAAAUCAACUAAAAUACAAAGUCAAUUCUUUAACUAUUCAAAUAAAAAGGGGCGAUUUGAGUUGACG